AGCUCUCUUAGCAAAAUAUCCAAAGGUGUUGUAUUUUGUAAAAACAAUUUAUCAACAUCGACAGAAAGAGUUUUCGUUUCAUUUUUGACUUGUCCAGCAAACUGACCACAAUGGCCAAGAUGGACUGGCCGUUUUACGUGUUCGUUGGAGCUUUCUGCCUUAAUCAAGGUCUUGCACUGAGUAAUCUCAAUGGUGAAAGGGCUCCAGACGUUGCUAAACGUUCUGUUGAUGAUGGUCCUCAAGCCAAUGCACAUAUCAUCGAGAAGCGAGACGACGAUGAUCCACCGCCGACUGCUUUGCCGGGCCCUUUUAACCGACCGCCUCUCGGUGGGGGUGGUAAUGCACCCAACUCCAUCCAGCACAAGCGAUCCGUUGAUGAUGGUCCUCAAGCCAAUGCACAUAUCAUCGAGAAGCGAGACGACAGUGAUCCACCGCCGACUGGUUUCCCUGGCCCUUUGACCCGACCGACCCGGCCACCUCUCGGUGGGGGUCAUGAAGAGUCCGCCCUCCCCCACAGGCGAUCCGUUGAUGAUUUCCUGGGUGACGACGGUGAGGGUGGCAUGUCGAUCAGUCAUGUCAUUCAUAAGAGGGAGGACGUCAAGGAAGAUGCUAGUCUGACUGGUGAUGGUGCCAUGCCAAUUAGUCACGUCAUUCAUAAGAGGGAGGAAGUCGAGGACCUGGUUGAUGACGAUGAGGGUGGCAUGUCGAUUAGUCACGUCAUUCGUAAGAGGGAGGAAGUCGAGGAUGAGGGCGGCAUGUCGAUUAGUCACGUCAUUCGUAAGAGGGAGGAAGUCGAGGAUGAGGGCGGCAUGUCGAUUAGUCACGUCAUUCGUAAGAGGGAGGUAGUCGAGGAUGAGGGCGGCAUGUCGAUUAGUCACGUCAUUCGUAAGAGGGAGGAAGUCGAGGAUGAGGGCGGCAUGUCGAUUAGUCACGUCAUUCGUAAGAGGGAGGUAGUCGAGGAUGAGGGCGGCAUGUCGAUUAGUCACGUCAUUCGUAAGAGGGAGGAACCCUUAAAACUGGAUACCGAUAGUGAGACAACGACUCCGCCAGUAAGGAGACCACGAAAUAAGAGAAAAACCGCCAAGCAAGAUGCUAGUCUGACUGGUGAUGGUGCCAUGCCAAUUAGUCACGUCAUUCAUAAGAGGGAGCAAGUCGAGGAGGAACCGAUCAAACUGGAUACUGAUAGUGAGACAACGACUCCGCCCGUAAGGAGACCACGAAACAAAAGAAAAACCGUCAAGCAAGAUGCUAGUCUUACUGGGGACGGCCCUGCCAAUUAAGUUGUUUGGUACAAUAGAAAGUAGUAGAGGCGUCAACAAAGAGGCAAGGAAUUCAGGAGAAAAAAAAUCAAGAAAAGGAACUAUGUGCAGCCAAAGUGGCAGCGAACUCAAGUAUUCUGAAUGCACUAUGGGACAGUCAUACCUUCGUGUUAAUCUUUAAAAAUCAAACUGUUAAUUCAUUUCUAAAAAUCCAAUCAGCUUUUGAUCUGCUUCUGUCAUAAUACAUUUAGAAUCUUAUUUUGCAAGGAUUAAGCAAUAGUCGUUUUCUUUUCAAACAUGAAGUUUCUUUCAAGUCUUUCAUUGUAGUAAAAACAUAAUUUGCAUAAUUUUGUCCUCAAUACAAUUAUUAUUACCAUUCUUAAUUAUAAUAGUCUGGCUACAGUUAGCACUGAUGGAUCUUUCAGCAUUCCCGUUUUAUAUCAUAGUUUUUCCUGAGAAUUUUUUUUUUCAUUUUCACCUUGGUAAUUAAUCAAAACCAUCUGUCAGCUAACAGCUCAGAAAAUAAAAGUGUAUUGGGGGAAAUAACGGGGAAACGAUUUCAGAGGCGUGGGAGGGGGCGGAGCUUUGUAACGAUUGAGGUCUCGUAAUCGGAAGGUUACGACACCGUUAAAUGAGCUAAUAAUAAGAAUUCAAGCUUACCUGCAAACACACGUGGUUUGUUAGUAGUCAGGUACAAUAAACCAUCAUCAGGCAAUGAUGAAGUUGGCUCAAUGUUCUCACAAUUAUUGGUAAAUUCAUGUGAAUACAGGGCAAACACACACUCUUAAUACACUACAAACAAUAAAACGAGGAAAUCC